AUGAUGGACCUGCACAUGGGCACCAGGUGUCGCCUGGCAUCAGCCCUACUUGUGGCACACACAGGCCUGCGAGAAGCGGCCUUUGCUGGUGCCUGGGUGGUGAAACUUGCAGUCAGCCAGUCUGCCCCCCUCAGGGGCUCAGCCAAAGACUGUCUCCCUUGUGCCUCAUCCUCAACUGCACCAGUGGACAGGAGGACAGAGACCAGGACUGCACUCAGCACCACAGCAAACAGGAGGCACACUACCAACACUGGGACCCAUUUGGGGAGGCGCUUGAUGGUUGCUGCAGCUGCCAGCAGAGGGCGUGGUGCUCCUCUCAGUGGUGUUGUUGUUGUUGUUGAUGUUGUUGCUGGGGCUUCUCCAGCAGCAGAGAGCAAUAAGACAUGGGCUGCUGGCCUUGGAGAGCGCGACACCUAUGAAACGUUUCUUGCGAAACCUCAAUCAGCUGGGGAAAGUUGGCAACAGGUGUCGCUUGCUCAAACCUUCCUGAACAUGGGACUCAGAAGUCAGGCCAAUCUUGCUGAAAAUCUUUGGCUUCACUUCAAACGAGAAUGUAGGGAUGAAAAGUGUCGGGAUUUCUCAACGGGCUCUGUGAUGUUGUUGGAGCCAAGAGCUCUGCGGCCAUUCAAGACCUCAGAAGAAUACUUGUAUGCCAUGAAAGAAGACUUGGCAGAGUGGCUAAAUGGCCUCUAUUCUCUCAACAUCACUGUGGACUGUUUCAUGGACAAGCUGGAGACUGGUGUCGCCCUCUGUGAGAGCUUUAUUUGGGCACUAAUGGGGGAGUUGUUGGAGAAUUAUGGGCUCCAGACGGGCUCUGUGAUGUUGUUGGAGCCAAGAGCUCUGCGGCCAUUCAAGACCUCAGAAGAAUACUUGUAUGCCAUGAAAGAAGACUUGGCAGAGUGGCUAAAUGGCCUCUAUUCUCUCAACAUCACUGUGGACUGUUUCAUGGACAAGCUGGAGACUGGUGUCGCCCUCUGUGAGUUGGGAAUCAUUGAUUGUCUGUUGUUUGAAACUGAAGACCUGGUGGCGAGAAAGAAUGAGAAAAGUGUGGUUCUGUGUCUUCUGGAAGUGGCCAGGAGAGGCGCCAGAUUUGGCAUGGCGGCGCCCUUGUUGGUCCAAUUUGAGCGCGAAAUUGAUCGCGACAUUGCCAAGGAUCAAAGGCAGGAAAUCAAGAUUCAGGACAGUGGUGAUGUUUUCGCCGCAUGCGAUGUUGAUGGUUGUGCCAGUGAUACGCAACCCGCCGGGCGUGAACCUGUGGUGAAGCAGAUGAGCGUGCAGAUGGAGACUGUAAAUGGAGGCAUUGCAUCGAUGGUGUCGACAGUGUCGACGGUGUCAACGACAGCAAUGACGAGUGCCAGCGUCGUUGGCGUCAUUGACGAUGAUGAUGACGACAGCAGCAUUGCCGACAGCUGCGGUUCUUGCCCGCAAAUCGUCACCAACGACCUCAAGAGCCUCGACGAAAUGGGGGAGGAGAAAAACACAACG